GGGCUGCUUCCCUCCGCUCUAUAAAGGGGUGGGGGGUGGGGGCGCCUCCUGCUGCAGCACUUUUCGCUCGCCUGCGCGGGAGGCUGUGAACGCUCACACCGGCAGACCACCGGCUCAGCGCUGAAAGGGACGGGGUCUCCCGGAGCUCCGGCUGGCCAUGUCUGAUCCAGCUCAGCAAGCUGCCCCUGGGGCAGGCCCAGAAGGAGAAAAUGCUGGGGGACCCCCUGGAGCACCACCAAACUUGACCAGCAAUCGUCGGCUGCAACAGACUCAAGCGCAAGUGGAAGAGGUGGUGGACAUCAUGCGUGUGAAUGUGGACAAAGUCUUGGAGCGAGAUCAGAAGCUAUCAGAGCUAGAUGAACGAGCAGACGCACUCCAGGCUGGUGCCCAAGUAUUUGAAAGCAGCGCAGCCGCACUCAAGAGGAAGUACUGGUGGAAGAACUGUAAGAUGAUGAUCAUGCUGGGAGUGAUUUGUGCCAUUGUGGUGAUCGCAAUUGCACUCUACUUUUUUACCUGAGAACGUGGUCCCCUUCCCCCUCCCCCUGUCUGCAGCCUCCCUCCCUUCCCUCUCUCCUCCCUUCACCUUCUUUCCUUUUUCAUUCUGGCUUUGCCAUCAAAACUUUUCCUUUAGUUUUCUUUACUGUCCAUACAAGACUAAUACAGUGUUUCCAGAUUUGAGCUGAACCCCCUCCCUGCUGCUGCAGCUCCUGAGGGAGUACUCUUGGAGGGAGGCUGUGGGUCUAGAGCGGCGGGCUGAUGCCCUCAAAGACACCCUUGGGCUUCACUUACUACUACUACUACUACUACUUUUAUUUAUUUAUUUAUCUAUUUAUUUAUUUAUUUAUUUGAUUUGAUUUGAUUUCUAUACCGCCCUUCCAAAAAUGGCUCAGGGUGGUUUACAAAGAGAAAUAACAAACAAAUAAGAUGGCUCCCUGUCCCCAAAGGUCUCACAUUCUAAAAAGAAACAUAAGACACACACCAGCAACAGUCACUGGAAGUACUGUGCUGGGGGUGGAUAAGGCCAGUUACUCUCCCCCUGCUAAACAAAGAGAAUCACCACGGUAAAAGGUGCCUCUUUGCCCAGUUAGCAGUUUUUGUGUGUUGUGACAUUGUUGCAAGGAAUCUGCUGUGGCAUGGCCAGUGUUACGGAAAGGACAGGAGCAGCAGGAGGAGACUGAAGGUUGGUCCCAGCACUGUUGCCAGCGAGAGGAUUUGGGUAUUGUGACCCUAGAGUUGGUGUGGGUUUUUCUCCAGCUGUGAGGUCUGAGCUCACGAUAGCUGAUCUGCCCACACAAGAUCUGGUUUGGGAACGAGCAGCAUGUUCUCUUACUGGCCUUGAAGCAGCACUCGACUUGGUGACAGGAAGUCCAAAAUGCAUUGGUCUGAUUCAUCCCCUAGUUGAUUUGUUUUAUUUAUUUAUUUAACGGAUUUUUAUACCCCCCCCCAAACCCUGCAUCUCUGUCGCACUUCCACUAACUAGAUGAGGAGCCCUGAAUUCGUAGUCAGAAUUGGAGAUGGGUUAAAAGGUGUAUGGGAGCCUACCAUUCAGGUAGCAAUUCCCACACUGCUUGCUCUUCCACUGGAUAGCAUGCGCAGCCGCUCAGCAUCGGGGGGGGGGGGUGUAUCUGGGACCUCUUGUCUUCCUCUCCUUUCCUAUUCACAGGAGUAAUGGGAGGAUUUGCUCUUGGAGGCAGUUGCUCUGUCACAGGGCCUGCAUUCUUGUCUGAUCUUAAGAGGUCUCUUGGGAACUCUGGCACCAGAGUUCCGACUUACACCCCCCUCCAGCACUCCUAUUAGGAGUUGGUCUUCAACCUGAAGUUCGUCACUUGAUAGUGCUGUCAGAGUGGUGAGCAUGCGUGUAUGAAUUUGUGCUUGUUUGCUGCCUAACAAGCUAUGGAAGCUGUUUUACUUCUAGCUGAAGGGAGUUGAGAGCAAAGGGCCUGAGCUUGUGUAUGAUGCUUCUGAGUGGGUGCCGUUGUGUCUGCCAAACAAGGCAGUGGCACAGCUGUGAAGUAUGGCCUGAGACUAUACAUCUCUCUAGCUAUAGUUCCAUCAGGAUUUGACCAGAGAGGAGCUGUUGGAAGAAUAACUGAGGUCAGGAUGUUCCAGGGCAGGGAGGUUCAACUGGUGGCCAAUGGGCUGAAUAUAGCCCUCCAAGGGGCUUUACCUGGCCCUCUCCCAAAUUCUUACACCAGGUGUGCUAGGAAUGUACUACCCCGCUACCAUAGCAUGCUGCGAAAGUGCUGAUUUUUUUUUUUGGCAUGCUCACUGCCAUGCACCAGCAUUUCAUUUGCAGAGCCCAUCUCUUUGCAAAUCCCCAUCUUUCUCCACCUUGGGGGACAAUGGAGAACAAGAAUGGAGCCUUGAUCUUCGAACCAGCGUCUCCCAUCUUGGUGGAACUGUGCUCCUGGAAGUACAACAGCCA